AUGUCCGCGAAAGCUCUGGACGCGAUAUGGACGAGCGUUGUCGAGGGACGCGCGAAGAAUCUCCGAACCAGACAAAAUCACUUGAGAGCUUUGUUCGACUUCUACACCACUCAUGGUGACGAAAUAAUCCGAGCCAUACAGACCGACGGAGAGAUCAGCAGAUCAGAAGCGCAGUGUGUGUACGCCAGUCUUCUUACCGAUCUGCGUACGCACUACGACGCUUUGAGCUUGAAAAGGGAACUGGAUCGGGAAUACAGUGUCCACAAUGGCAAAAGCUUGCAGUCGCGAAUGGUCGCUACUCCAGCCGUCUACAUCCUCCCCGAUCCCUUUCUUUUGCUAUAUAAUGUGCUCAUCACCGUGCAUGCGGCAAUAGAAGCAGGCUCUUGCGUUGUCAUCGAGCUCGAGAACACAGUACAAGCGUCGAGGCACUGGGUGAUCAAGGCGGUCAAGGAAGCUCUGGAUAACAAGGUGUUCACUGUCAUCACAUCGAGAGCUGAUUCGACGUUCCUAGCAGAAUGUACUGUUGUAGACCAGACCGGGCAGAGUUCGUUUGCGGCCGGAGCGUCCCGCCUGGAACCUUUGUCAUCAGAUGUCGCCGAGAUGGUUGUGGGAAUCGUAGAUCGGACGGCUGACGUGAGCCUUGCUGCCAAAGAACUGAUGUCAACUCGGCUUUUCUUCGCUUCAAAGAGUCGGUACGCGACUGACAUCAUUCUCGUUAACGAAUUCGUUCUCGAUAAAUUCAUCCAAGCUGCUACUGAGACUGUUGAUGCCGUAGCUGCCGUUGUUGGCCAAGCGGCAAAAGAUCGGCUCGGCAUGAAGCAGGACGCACCGUCCAAUCAGGAGCUGGAAGGAUCUCAUGUUCAGAUAGUCCUCGACAAUGAGAUCGCAAAGAUAGCGUUGGUUACCUCGAGAGACAGCAAGCUCCUCAAGUCCAAGGGAUCUGGGCGUACCAUCAUCCUGCACAGCUUUACGAGCUUAGAUGAUGUUCUCGAUCUCCUGAACUUCUCAAACUCCACCUACAGCGCAAUAUACCUCUUCGCAGCACUAUCUGAGGCGAAGUACCUCUCACAAUAUAUCCAAAGUCGCGCAACCUUCGUCAAUCAUGUCCCAGCGGGGCUACUGGCUGGACCUGUAGCACCGAAGAGGUAUGCAACACGAGUAGACGUCCGCUACGCCCGCGAAAUGUUCGAGUACCCUAGCCCUCAAAUCGUCGGAAACGAAAAGUCUCGUAAAGCAUCAUCGUUGAUCAAGCUCUGCAAGGCAGGGAAACCACCUCGCGUACUGGCAACAAGCUUGUCCCCUCUCAAACCAACGGGACAGCCUCCGGCAGGCGCCUGGGAUUUCUUUGGCGUGGGUGUUGUGGUUGGAGCCACGGUGUACCUGCUGCCUAUUGUCGUUGGCUCGUUAGCUUUGACAAUCACUGGUACCUACUACACAACACGCUGGCUUCUUCGGGCCUGA